AUGAGGGGUCUCGUCGCGUGCGUACUAUUGAUUGCCGCCGUGUACGGUAGGCCCGCGCAGAAGGAGCCGCCCAGCAUGAAGGACAUCAUCGAUUCGAUGAAGCUCGAUAUUGAUGAGAUGUUGCCGAAGGAGUUGACCGACAACUUCACCCCCGAGCUCCAAGAAUUCAUCAAGAGCAUCGACUUCAUGGACAUCUUUGCCGUGAUCGCGCUGUCGCAGAAGCGGGACAAGAUCAAGAGCCCGGAGGAUCUCCUCGACGCCCUCCGUGGCGCCAACGUCAACACGUACGAGAAGGUGAUCAAGCUAAUCGACUCCUACAAGCGCCGCUAUGAAGCCCUCACCCCCGGCGCCAAGAAGUACUUUGAGGAGCGGGAACAGGCCGAUGCAAAAAUUUCGGUGAUGGGCUUUGGUGACCUGAAAAAGUUGACGAAGGCCGAGCGGAAGGAGAGGAUCAAGGGCCUGCAAGACGCGUUCCAAAAGUUGGCCGACGAGGACAAGCAAUCACUUCAGGCCCAACUCCCGUUACUCUAUAAAAUUUUAUCAGACCCCGAGUUUAUCGAGAAGCUGCAGCCCAAAAUCGAGCAGAAAAUACAAGAGCAGAUGGCAAAAAUGGUCGAGAAGAAAAAGGCCGAGGCCGAAUUUGCC